GGUAUAUAUUUUCCGACAUCCGGCUUGUAUGUGUGUUAGCUUAACGCUUCCCGCCAUCACUCCUUUGCACACUCAGCCACCGCAGGUUUCAGAUCCUCGGAGGAAACAAAAACAGACACCAUGGCUCCCACCAAGAAGUCCAAAAAGGCCAUUGAGAGCAUCAACUCUCGGCUGGCCCUGGUGAUGAAGUCUGGCAAGUACGUCCUGGGAUACCGACAGACGCUGAAGUGCCUGCGUGCUGGCAAGGCAAAGCUUGUCAUUAUUGCCAACAACACUCCAUCACUCAGGAAGUCCGAGAUUGAAUACUAUGCCAUGUUGGCAAAAACUGGAGUGCAUCACUAUUCUGGCAACAACAUUGAGCUUGGAACAGCAUGUGGUAAAUACUUCAGGGUGUGCUCACUGGCCAUUACUGAUCCUGGUGACUCUGACAUUAUCCGCACCAUGCCCACUGAAUAGAUUCGGAAGGUGUGAUGGGAGCAAAGAGUUUAAAAAUAAAUAAUUAUUUGUA